CCUAAGUCAACUCUUAAUAUCAGCCUUGUAAGUCAGGUAUAAGGUAGAGCUGCGUGUCAUCAUUGCCAUAACACAGCCGCAUAGCCUCUAUUUAUUCAUGCUUCGCCAUCCCGAAACCAGACCUCGAUUUCUUUCUCCUUUUCCCAGUACCUCCUAGAUUCUCUACCCGAGUCAAUCAACGAAUUCACCGCCAACUCCCGUGACCGUCUAACGACAGUUAAUAUAUUCCGCAACGAAAAUUACAGGAUGACUUCGCACAGCAAUGAAGAACACGAGGAGCCUACAACGGAGCUUCCGACGACGGACAGCGAAUCUGAUGUGGAUGAGGAGGAGAUGAAGAAGUGGCUUUCGACAGCGUACGAGCGCGGUUCCAAAAAGCCCAUGAAGGAGCCUCUCACAGCACCUUUGGAUCUGCCGAUCAGCGAUGAAGAUGUGGAAAAGCUCAAAGUCGGGUUCAAAUCUCAAAGCAUGGACGACAAAUGGGACCUGCUGGUUGAGGAUCCGGACGAAAACGGCAACAUAUCACUCCACAUCAUUCGAAACUGGUUACAGGAAGAGUGCUACAUACUUCACAUUGUUCCAAAAUCAAACAACGAUGAUGCCGAGAGUGCAAAGAUCCAAGGCAUUACCUGGGAAGGGAACAAGGCGGGGUUGCAAUGCGACGCAGAGCAGGCCAAGAAGGAAGCCGUGAUUCUGUGCAGAGGCAACCUGGGCUGCAAGUUUGAGACGCUCCCUCAGUAUCCGUCAUCAGUGUUUUGGGAUCGUAAUGCCUAUAAGAAGCUGGAUGCAGAAUAGGUUGAUAUGAUAGUUAAUCUUUUCCUAAGGUUUAUCUCAGGC